GUCCAACGAGAGUAUCUAUAUUUGGAAGGAAUUUGUAUAAAUUUUUUUUGCUAAAAUAUUGAAAAUUGUUCACAACGGGACGUAUAGGGUUAUAACUGAAAGCUGUGAAAUCAGAAAAUUAAACAUCUUCAGAAAUUGUGUUCUACGAGUGGAAUUUUCUGUAUUAUCGCAUAUGAAAAAAGCUGAUUGGGAAUCUUGAAGAGAAUAUAUAAUAUAAAAGUUUAUAGCCGAAUUGUAUAUGUAGUGUAUUUUAAAAAUCACAUCAAAACAAGGCAAAGUUAUUAAUUUAUGAAAAACACUGAGAAAUAUUAUUAAGAUGAUCGUAAAAAAUCAGGAAGCUCUGAAAAGCUGGCUUGUUGUCGUAUUGGAACCUUUAUGUGAUGCGGAUUCUUCUGCCCUUGCCCGCUAUGUGUUGGCGUUGCUUAAGAAAGAUAAACCAGAAAAAGAAUUAAAAAAAUUAAUGAUAGAACAACUUGAUGUUUUCCUUGGUGAGGAAACACAACCUUUUGUAGAGAGGCUAUUUAGUGCCAUUAACACUGAGGAUUAUUUUACUGAUAUCUUGCUGCCCUCACCGAAAUUAAGUAGUGGAAAUUUUGUUCGGGAAGAAGUCGCUCCCGAUAUUAAUGAUACCAGAAAAGUAUCUAUUGAAGGAGCAAACAUUACAGAACCUCCAUUGAAAAUUGAUAACCUGCCGAAUACCGUUUGUGCCGAGAAAGUUCAAACUCCACCAAUAGAUGACAAUAAAGAAAAAGAAUUACUCGGCAGUAGUACCGUAUCUGCUAAUUUAAAAUCUGAUACAAUGAGCCAAAUUGUUCAUUACCCUACUGCAAUUAAAAGUGAAACGCCACCAUCUAUUCCUACACACUAUUCUCAAGCUGGAUCUAACAGUCAUCACGUUCGCAGUGCAAGUCCUCCUCCGAGGACUAUUGCUGACAAAGAGAAUCAACCGCGAGAGAGCCGUCGUCGUCGUGCUUCCCUUCGAUCCCGUUCGCGAUCACGUUCUCGAUCACGAUCUAAUGAAAGACAUUCGCGCCGAAGUCGUUCUCGUGAUCGCCGAAUAAAUGAGCGUGAAAAAAUGCAACGUCAAUUUCGCAAUAAAUCUCCACCAACAAUAGACUUACGGCAUGUAGGAUCUCAUGAGCGUAGGCGAGGUGCUGGCGGUAGUGGAACGGAACGUAGACGUAUUGGUAACAGUAGCAACAUGACAGGUUCAGACGAAAGAUCACCCCGUUUUAUAGGAAACGGUGGAGAGGGUGUUGGUCGUAAAAACCGACUGAACCGGUCAAAUUCACGCAGCCGUUCACCUUCUCUUGAACGUGGAGGCAGAAAUAAGGGAUCACCGAAUGUAUCACGAAUCGUUCGCGGGUCACCUGAUCGUCAUGCUAAUCAUACACAUUUACAACAUGAAUCAGAAAAGCGGCAACGAUGCCGUGAUUUUGAUGAAAAAGGUUACUGCGUUCGGGGAGAAACAUGCCCUUGGGACCAUGGGAUUAAUCCCGUUGUAUUUGAAGAUAUUAAUAAUGCCGGCUUAAUUGGAAUGUCCCUUCCGGAAUAUAACCCAGAUGCACCUGAUUUAUGGAUGAGAUCUUCUGAGUCAAUGGUUUCUUCUAACCCGCUAUUGACAGGUGGAUCCACAGUAAGUGGUACUGUUAAUACCUCAGGUAUUAAUCCUUUCACUGGUGUAGCGAGGUCAGGAGGAAUAAUGCCGGUUUCUGGAGUUGUAGCAGCCGUUGGGUUUCCUCCACUUGGAACUAUUGCGGAUAAACAAAACAACCCUGGUUCAAUUGCGGCAGACUACACUGGAAAUACCAACGCUGGCUCCGGUUUUAGGGUUGCUACCCCGAUGCUUUCUUUCCCUUUCAAUUCUUCAGCCGUUUCAGCUCCACUGCAACGAGAAUUAAUUCCAAUUCCUGUUGUUGAUGCAGGCAAUCCUGGAUCGGGUGGAGAUAUAAGUCAAAUGGCACAGUGUAAGCGUCGUUUUGAUUUAGAAGACUCGGUGGCUAUUGCUGAAGGGCCCGUCAAACGUAAGCUUCCACUUAACAGUCGUCUUGGUCCGCGUUUACCAAGUAUACAAAGUAACUGUUCUCUGGAGUUACGAAAGAUUCCACGCGGCAUGAAUACAAUCGCACAUCUUAAUAAUCACUUUGCUAAAUUUGGCAAAAUUGUAAAUAUACAAAUUUCUUAUGAUGGUGAUCCCGAAGCAGCUAUUGUAACGUUUUCAACACAUGCCGAAGCAAAUGUUGCAUACCGUAGUACAGAAGCUGUGCUUAACAAUCGCUUUAUAAAAGUAUUUUGGCACAGUCAAGAUACAAAUACAUUAAUAAAUGAUAUGGCCCCUAUGACAAUGGGUAAUACACGAAAAAAUAGUCAAUAUCAUUUAAAUAACGUCCCAGCUGUUCCAACUCCGGCAGCUGAUUCAGCUAAAACACCGAAUGAAAAUAUUGCAAAUCCGAGUAUUACUUCGUCGGGAAGCAUACCUGCAUGUGAUACAUCGAACGCAACAAACGUUAACACUCCUCUAGCUGCCGCUCAUGUACCGGCAACAUCUUUGCGAUUAAAAAAUAACGUAUCACGUAGUCACAACUCUGGUUCAACAAAUGCCAUAAUACGUAAGAAACAAGAAGAGCAAGCUAAAGCUGUUGUACAACUCGCCAAUGGACUACGGAAAAGGAAACAGGAACUAUUACAAAGUUAUGUAAAACAGAUGAAAUCUGCUUUGGAAAUAGUAGAACGUUGCGAACCAAAUGACCCCCAACGAACUAAAACCCUUGACACUAUAAAAGUCUUGCAAGAAACUAUUGAUAAAUUACGUAAGGAGAUUGCCACAGAACAAGAACAAAUCCAAGCACAAAUUCAAAACCAGCACCCAAUUCCACCAAAAAAAACGAAAGAGCAACAAAAGAAAGAAUUGCUGGAUAUAGAAUUGGAACUAAUAGCUCAACAACAGGAGGGAAAUGAUACUACCGCCAUACAAAAGCGCAUUGAAGAACUGCAGCGCAGUCUUGGGGUCGUUCCUGGUAGUGCAGCCGUUGGUGUUGUAUCCUCUCACCCGUUACCAAUAGGGAGCAAAGUUCCUCACUUCCCCUCUGGAAGAACAAAUCCCCGAUCUCGUCCAUCAUUUCCUGAGGGAUCUACGCGCGUUGACCGCAGACCAAAAACGAUAGUGGUUACUGGUUUUACUAGUGAGGAGGCGGAUUUCGUGUUAGGCCACUUUAAGCAUUUUGGAGAAAUAACUAAACACGAUGUGGAUAAAGAAAUACCCCAACUAAUAUUAUCCUAUGCUACACGAAUAAAUGCGGAGCAGGCUGUAUUACGUGGAAAAGUUUUCAAAGAUAAACGACUGCAGAUAACCUGGGCACCGGUCAUAUCAACAUCAUCGGUAACUACGGGAGUUUUGACAACUGAUAAGAUGUACAAACCAGAUGAAAAGUUAAGUAGUCAUGAUUCAAUAAAAUCAGCCGCAUCUCAAAUUAGUAAUGAUAAACAGAGUAAUGAUUCUGAAGUCGGGGGAGAAACAUUGCCGGAAUUGCGGCUUGAGGAUGAAGAGGAAGAUGAGGAAUCUGAAGAUAGAUCAUGGCGACGCUGAUCGCAAAACAGUGCGAAGUCUAUAGUACGAUGUUGGUUUAGUGUUUAUUUUGGUUAAAAUUAUGGGCAUGUGUCAUAGCACAUAAUAGUAACUAGAAAAUUUAGUGCAUAAUUUGUUUGCAUGAAUUAUGGUAACUACUGAUAUAUUUAUUUUGUAACAUGCAUCCUGGUGUAGUGAAGAAAAAAUAUGUAAUACACUGAAGUGCCAUUAGUGUUAUAUUUUGUCUUCACUAAUCAUCAGCAUUGAAUAAUAUGAA